UUCCUGGCGGUGGAGUUUGCAAUCUCAGCUUGGGGCCCAUUUGUUUUUGGCAGGGAGACGGCUGUGGGGCUCAUAGUUUCCACUGCGAGACAGCGCCUCUCUUCCUUCCAGGCUGGGAGAGCAGAAGUCAACAGCAGGAGGGCGGGGUGGUGGCCGGGUGUCCCCAACCCGCCGGGCUGGAGCUGCAAAGCUGUCGUCCGGGAGCAAAACAUGGAGAUCCGGUGGGGACUCCCCUGUCUGGCCUUCCUGUGUUUUCUGAUGCCCGCGCGAGGUCAAGGAGAUUUUGACCUGGCCGAUGCCCUCGAUGACCCUGAACCCACCAAGAAGCCAAACUCGGAUAUCUACCCAAAGCCAAGACCACCCCCGUACCACCCGCAGCCCGGGAAUCCAGACCACGGUGGAAAUAUCUACCCGAGGCCGAAGCCGCCUGCUUACCCGCAGCCUGGCAAUUCUGACCACGGUGGAGGUUACUUCAACGACGUGGACCGAGACGACGGACGCUACCCGCCCCGGCCGAAGCCCAGGCCGCCUGCAGGAGGUGGAGGCUACGGUGGUGGUGGCUACCCCAGUCAUGACAGCUCCGGCAGCUCAUACGGAAGAGGUGGCUAUAGACCCAAGUCUCCCUACAGCAAUACUUAUGGUGGGGACGAACAUUCCACUUACGGCAACCCCCAAGGCAACAUGGUAGCCAGAAUCGUGUCACCCAUUGUCUCUGUGGUGGUGGUGACCCUGCUGGGGGCAGCUGCCAGCUACUUCAAGUUAAACAGGAGGAGAAAUUGCCUCAGGACCAAUGAACCAGCAAACGUCUGAAGACAUCCACAUCCCUUGAUCCCUUUGAGAAAAACUCAACCAAGACAAGAACCCCAUUUAUUCUUGGCAUAAUCUGCCAUCCUGAUGCAUGUUCUCUUCUGUAUGAAGUAGGCGUGCUGCCUCCCAAAGAAUUCCCAAUCCCCUGGAUGCGGUGUGGUCAUAAACAUGUAUCAGACGGCCAGAUCUCGCGCUGUAAAAAGAUUGCUUGAUCUGUUCUGUUGGUUCAUUCAUGCCUGUGCACAGAGAAACUCCAGCCCUCUGUCCUGAGCUCUUCAACUACCUCGUGGGGCAAUGACACGCUCGUAUCUAACCCUGUUGAUGUCACAAGGCACGGUGGCAGCGGGAAGACACGGCAUCUCGGUGGGGGAGGGGAUGUUAUCAGAUUCUGGGAGAUGAAGAUAUUUGAGGUUGCGAAGAAGCCAUGGUCAGAAGAAUCUUGCCCUGCGCUAAAUUCUUCAGGGAUGUCAAGAAUGAGCAUUGAAGUCCAAAAUGAUCGAGCGUUCACCGUUGCGAAUGAAGUGGGAAUUAAUUGUUCCGACACCCACAGCACAGUUGGCUCAUCCGUUCAGCUUCCCUGUGUCUGCACACACAAUUAUUAUCGCCCACAGAAAAUAAAGCUGGCUUUUGAAAUUUUAAGUGCAAAAUUACCAAAGUUAAAACCGAUCUAGGGGAAAUCAGUCUUGGGAUACUUUUUCCUAGGAAAUCAUAUGUUUUUGGAGAAGAGGAGACAGAAAUAGUGGUUUUCAGAUGUUGAGCUUUGUCAUAGUAUUUUUAGUCUUUGAUGCUCUUUAGGUACCAGUUCCCAAGGCAACGGCACUGUUUUUCUUGGUUUAUACUUCUCCUGUUCACCAAAGUAGAAAACCUUAAAUCCUUAGAGAUCUGAAAAGUAUAUUAGCUUUUUGCCUCUUUUUUAGAAAUAAUUUUGGGGAGAGGGAAAAAGGAGGGUUUGGGCAUAUUGGUAUACUUUGGUUUAAGUAAAGGUUGAUGUUUAUAUAACUUUUAGACUUUGCCCUAAAUAUCUUAACCGAAGACUAAGACAUUUUAUUGCAAUCUGGAACUCCUACAGAGGGAGAUAAGAGGAAAUGCUAAAUAUGCAUGUUUUGAGCUCACCGUUAUGAAUUGGGGUCUCCAAGGAGAAAAACUGAAGGUAGAAAAUGCUUCAAAGAGCGGAAAAAAAAAUCCCUUAAAAUUAAUAAUCCAGAUUAGACAUCUCAGAAUUGCAUGUCUCAUAUCAUGGAUUGACCUAUCAUUUAAGCCAUUUGAAGACAGUUUUGUAUUUCCUAUUUCAAUACAUCUGUCCCAUGACACUUCUCAAUUCUUUUAAGAGGUUUCCUGGGAGUGGUGAUACCUAGUGUCGGAUUACCGUUUUCUAUAUAGCAGUUGCAGUCUGAGCUUAAGUAAGUUCUUGUUAAAGAGCAUGUGUGUUUUUGUAUGUACACACACACUCACACGUGUACCUAUACAGGCAUACCUAGAUGGAAUCUAAGCAUUUUUUAAUGUCUAAUCCAUCCCAUUUUCUGCAACUGCCAUAAUCCUAUUUUUAAUCAUUUAAAUAAAUGUAAAAAAAACUGGU